AUGGCCGCUGCUUCCAGGAGCUGCCUGAGCCCUCCAGGCGGCCCGGGACAUUAUGUCCAUGCCGGUGCCCGGAGCGCCGCCAACGUCAGCCCCGCACUCCAGAGGCAAGCCGCUGCUGGGAUCUCUGCAGUUGCCACUGGCUCGGUACCGGUCUCGGUCGAGGGAACAUUCCCAACGCUGAUCACCGCCCAGCGAUUGUUCGGGGCAGAGUCCAGGUGGAUUUGUUCUCGACGCCAACCAGACUGUCUGGCUGGGUUCCGUCCCUCCGGGAUUCGCGGCACCGCCCGUCCUCAAGGAGCGAAUAUUGGCGGGACUGCGGCGGGCGUUGCUAUCGGUCCUCGUCUCGGAGAGGGUACCACAGUCAAUCACGGCACGGUCAUCGACGCCGUUCCUGCUCGGACUCCUGCUCCAAGUCUCUGCCAAGACAUCGCAGCCCCGGGCGUCGAUUUCCGGCGUUUCGCCGUCGUGGGUCUGCCCGUCGAGGUCAUUUGCAGAGCAGCUGUUACUGCCGGUACUGGUCCUCCACGUCGAGAUUGCGGUCCCAUGGCUGUCGUAGAUCCCAGCACCGCCACUUCUCCCGGACCAGAGACAGCAGCAGAUCUUAUGCCAGCCCGGUCUCCAUUUGUAGCCGUCCUUCGAUGGGCCAGGCCAGGCCAGCCAACGCGAACAGCUGGCCCCGCCAGUGCCACACCAGGUGCAGUGGCACCGAGCGUAGUGGCUGGCCCAAUGUGUAAAAGAGAAAAAAAAUCUUUGUUUGUGAAUCUAAAAUACAGGUGUGGGAGCCUUUCUCAAAGGGAUGGAAGCUGCCAGUGGAGAGGAAAGAUGGCUGCUCAUCUCAAAGGAGAAAAACCUCACGUUUGACCUGACUUUCUCCACCGGAAUGAUUUGGCGUGUGAAGCUGUAGGAGGAAAGGUUUUAUUUGCAACGGACGACUUUUUUGCUCCUGCGGAGAAUCUCUGGAAGAAAAAGAGUCCAGUUUUUAAACCAGAUGAAUUGACUGAUUAUGGCAGAUAUGGAUGGGAGACAAGGAGGAAAAAGGUUCCAGCCCUAGUUACUGACUGGGUGUGUGUUUAUAUUACUCCUGCGGUGGAUUUACCAGAGUUUUGGCCAAGAGGGGACAGGAUAGGAACUGCAGCUUCAGAUGAAGAGUUAAAAGCUGUCAGGAAGUUGUUGUCAGAUGAAUGGACUCUUCUGGUUCCUAUGAAAGAGUUGAAACCAAGAUACCUUGAUACUAGCCACAAUUAUUUUUCUGCCAGCUGUAAGAGAGAAUGGACUCACAUAAGGCUCAAUAUCUAUCCAGAUGGUGGGAUUGCACAUUUCAAAGUGUAUGGUGUUGUGCAGAAAGACUGGUCAGCUUCUGGCCCAAAUGACUUGGAUGACUUGGUGGCAAUGGAGAAUGGGGGUAUUUGUGUUGGAUUUAGCAGUGCUCAAUGAGGCCACCCAAGAAAUAUUCUAGGGAUAGGAAGAGCAACAUCCAUAGAAGAUGGUUGAGAAACAGCAAGAAGACCGGACAGGCCACCAGUUUUAAAAGCUGAUGACAAAGGUAUCCUCCUCAUACCAGGGAAUGAAUGGGCAGUUUUCCGGCUGGCACAUCCUUGUGUAAUAACUCACAUUGAAAUAGACACUUAUCACUUUAAAGGUAACUUUCCAGAUACCUGCAAACUUGAGGCCUGUGUUCUGAACACACAAGAAGAAAAAGAUUGCAUAACACAGAAAUGGAACCUUAAACAGGAUCCAAAAUGGAACCCUUUGCUUUCUGUUACAAAGCUUAAGCCUAACAAGAGGCAUUUCUUUGACGGUACUGCCCUGGAAAUGCAGGAUGUAAUCACUCAUGUGAGACUCAUUAUUGUUCCUGAUGGAGGUGUAAGUAGGAUGCGUCUCUGGGGUUUCCCACGGGCUCUAUUUUAUACAAGCAAAUGA